AUGCCUACUCAUAUCAACUCGGCCCCUAUCUUCCGCGCGCAGACCUAUACCGGUUACGUCCCGCAACCAGGCGACCUCUUGCACUUCAAGGGUUUCGAGCGUGGCCAUCUCAAGUUCGAGCGCAUCGAGGACGCGCCCGUCAACAAUCCGGCGUACACCUUCCGCGCACAAACUUAUACGGGCUAUGUCCCGCAAGACGGCGACAGCAUGCGCUGCAUGGGCUUUAAGAAUGGCCAUCUCGAGCUAGAGCGCGUCGAGGGUGGUACCGUCGUACAGGACGAGAAUGCGCCUAAAUUUGAAGACGAUCAGACUGGUGGGAACGAAGAGCCAACUGGCAGACGAUCGGCAGCGCCAGAGCUGGCGCCGAAGGUCGAGGCUAGCACUGGCGUCUCGUCGCAUUUGAAGUCCGCCUCCAAGUCGAAGCUGGGGCAGUCGACGCCCGAAGAGAGAGCCGACAUGGCGAAGUACAUCUUCAGCCAAGGUCGCCUCAAGGCUGACGGGGAGGGCCCAAAGUUCUGGGAGGACUUCCGCACAUGGGAUGAUCACGAGAGAAGGAAGGCUGCCGGAUGGAAGGGCAUAUACGAGAGGAACAAAGUUGCUGUCCUGAACAUGGUGAACGCUUUGUGGGACGGCCAGGAACGCGCUUGA